GACUCAAACAAAAGGAAAACCUUAACACGAUUCAGAUUAAGUAACCAUAGCCUUCAGAUUGAAACUGGUAAAUACCAUAAUAUAGCCCGAGAAGAACGACUGUGUAACCUUUGUCACUCGGGAGAAGUCGAAAAUGAAUCUCACUUCUUCCUCACUUGCGAGGCUUAUGGUGACAUUCGAGUAAACUUUAUAAACAGUCUAAAAAUCGAUCUCACUACUACUGAGACAAACGUAAACGAACCACCUUUAUCAUUUGACAUAAUGAAGUCAACUGCUAGUGACAACAUCCUGAAAUUAUCGAAAUUUAUUUUUUGUGUUUUGAGGAGCAACUUGAAGCCGGGAAAGCUGGUAGUCAUUAGUUAAACUCUUCAUCCUGUAAAUAGUAUCUUCUUAUAGUCUACUUCUUAAAUAUUUUGAUAUGUUACAUUGUUACGUUAUAUAGUGAAGCUUUAGCAAUACCUGUAAAGUAUGGUCAUGCUAAUAAAGCGGUUAUCAAUUCAAUUCAGAAUGGUCCGUCCCUAAUGUCACAUAUUGAUGAUGGAGGCGAUGUCCGAUAUUUUAGCGAGUUUACAAAUACAACGUCAAUGAAGACGUGAUCAUCAACAAUAGCAUUUUUGUUCUAAGACAAAGGCGACUAACAAACUUGAAUUCUCUUGAACAUUCUAGUACGCCGUAGUUCAAACUGCUACGUUAUUUACCUCAUUUUCACGGCUUUGUAACCACGGCAUUUGGACUGUUCCUGCAUAUGAUUUCACCGCCUAUAGCUAGUGUUGGUCAAAAUAAAGAUUUUCAAAAAGCGAAUAAAGAUUAGUAAUGCAUGUGUAAAGACGAAAUUAAAAUAGAUUAGGUAAAAUAAAUAAAUUAAUUAAUUAGCAUAAGAUAGCUAGUAUUUACGGUAGUUUGCAUGCUUAAGUUAGUAAUAAAUUUAGUUAUCGUUUGCUUGUGCUCGAGUAAGGAACAGUUAGAGACUUAAAGUUUGGAAGGAGCCUUCGAUAAAGGUAUAACUUGUUUCUAUUUGUAUUUAUUUUAUUUUAUUUUAUUCGUUUGUAAUUUAGUAUAGCUAGCAAUUUAUAAAUUAAUUUAUAUAGAACCGCUACUCGAUAGAAUAAAGAUUAAAGUCUAAAGAUUGAUUCAGUUCAAGAACGGACAAGCACUGGCGUGGCGAGUAAUUUUAUCCAGCAAAAUAUAAGUGAGACCGUUGCUACAUUAGUUCUUUAUCGUCCUCAGUUGUUUACCAGUAUUAGUAUCAAUUCAGUUUGUAGUAAACGGUCUGAAUAUAUACGAGCUUUAAGUCAUGGAACUUCGAGACCGUAGUGAAUGCCAAGCGAGUACACUGUUGAAUCAAGACUCUGUUCUUAACGAAAGACUUAAUAAACUUAAGAAUGCGCUGUCGGCAUAUCGGGGUCAUUUAACAAGGUCUUAUCCAGAACUUAAAGAAUCGAUGAGCGACCCGAAUAAAUAUGCGGAGACUAUUACUAGACGGGACGCUUUAAGCAGCAUAUUCGAAAGCUAUAAAGAAGCAAGCGUGAAAUAUAGCGAAUAUUUAGAGCGAGAAGAAGAUAAAAAAGCGGUUCAAAAACUACGAGAAAGCGAAGUAUUGAGAUACACCGAAUUCAUUCGAAUUUAUUCGGAGUGGUUGCGUAAUUUAAGUCUGUUAUCUAAAGAGCAUAACCGACAUGCUGAAACGCAUCACGGAAACAAACAAUGUUACGGAACAAUUAAGACGUUUUGAUAGAACAAUGGCUGAUGAAACGCAUCAUGAAACAAACAAUGUUACGGAACAAUUAAGACGUUUUGAUAGAAAAAUGGCUGAUGCUGCAUUAAGGCGGUUUUCCACUAGGCGAAAUUUUUCGACCGAAUCGAAAUUUCUCUUUGUUUCAUGAGCUCUCGAGCAGAACUAAUUGUAAAAAGACAAAGAGAAAUUUCGUUUCGGUCGAAAAAAUCCGCCUCGUGGAAUCAGGCCUUUAGAGCCAUUUGUUGAAAUUCCUUUGAAUAGAGAUGCGGCAUUCCAAAUUCCUAAGAAACAAAGCGACUUAGUUUAUAAUUCAGAACAGAGCGUAGGAAGCAGGAAACAGAACGAUUCGGUUUGUAAUGCGGGCCGAAGCGAGGGAACCAAAUUAAAAACUAAUCGGAAUUCAGAAACAAACUUAAAAAUGUCAGUAACAAGUAGACAAAGUCAGAAGUUGGCGAUGACCCAGUGGAAAUUAGCACAACUUGAAGCAAGGCAGUUACUCUUGGAUGAGCAACAUAAACUCGAAACUGGAAUGCGAGAAAAAGAAUUUAAAACAGAAAUGGCUAGAUUGCAAAUGAAGAAAGAAAUUAUUGAUGCUGAAGAAGAAGUUGGCAUAUGUGCCCUAGAAUCUCAGUAUUCACAAGUCGAUGAUAACCAUGCGUUAGAGAGGAGGUCACUGCAAUCUCUGAAUAUUGAAAGUCAGACUCUUCAUCAGAAGAUGGAGAAAUCUUUCAGUUCAGAAUUUCCUGUCGACUGUUGUAAUCACAAAUCAGAACCACAGAAGUUGGAUGAAAAUUUGGUUAACCAAGACCUAAAAACUGUUGAUGUGGACAAAGAAGUCAGAGUUAACCGUAAAGUAACUAAAGAACAGACAACACAGAACCUUGGUGACAAUGUCCAUACUGAGAAGUCUGAAUUGCACCGGAUCUUAGAACGUCAGACCCUGUUGAUGGAAAGACAACAAGCGACAGUAGAAAGAUUCACGACAGGAAUGGAAUUGCCGAAGAGAGAGUUUCUAUAUUUCGAUGGUAAUCCAGUAAAUUAUACAACAUUCAUGAGGAAUUUCGAGCUAAAUGUGGAAAACAGAGUACAAGAAACAAGCGUUAAACUGUCCUUUUUGAUUCAAUAUACGAGUGGUACAGCAAGAGAAGCGAUCGAAAAUUGUGUGAUUUUACCAGCAGAUGAAGGUUAUGCAAAGGCCAAAGAGAUCUUAAGGAAGAACUUUGGACAAAAACAUAUAAUCGUUCGCGCAUUUAUUGAAAGAGUCACAAAAGGUCCACAGAUUAAGCCUGGUGAACCAGACAAGUUAAUGCAAUUGGCUCGGGAUAUGCGUAAUUGUUUGUUGAACUCCACGCAACUGAACUAUAAAGCGGACAUAAACGCAAUGGAUACCCUUUCGAAGAUUGUAAAGAAACUACCUUCGUAUUUACAAGCAAAAUGGGCAGAACGUUCUGGUACUCUAAUUGGAUGUGACAUCGAACCUGAAUUUCAACAUUUCACAGAAUUUGUGGAGAAAAAUGCUUCCACUGCAAACACAACAUUCGGAAAAUUGGUUGGGGCAAAACCAGAUGAUGAUAACAAGAAUAAAUUCAGACCACGAAUAUCAAACAAAGGAACAUUAGGAGUUACUAGAUCUACAGAAACCCAAACCAGUGAGACACGACCACCAGGCAAUGUUGAAACGACCGGUUAUAAAGAUAACAAUUCUCAUCCUGCAAGGAAGCAAGUCAGAUGUAUAUACUGCAAUCAAACUAAUCAUGAUUUGGAAAGGUGUGACAAGUUUUGGGAAAAAAACGCAUAAAGAAAGAAUGCAUUUUGUUCGUAAAGAGAAGCUUUGUGAUAAUUGUUUGCGAAGGAAUCAUUUGGCGAAAAGAUGUAGAUUUAAUCCCGCCUGUAUGAUAAGUGGUUGUGGAAGGAAACAUCACUCCCUUUUGCACCCACCAUCGAAAUCAGAAAAUGAAUUCAGUGAAGGUCCUAACGAUCCAGGAAGAAGUGAAGAAUCCCCUCAUGGCAGGGCCUUUUUUAACAUACAAGCUGGGGGGGGGGGCAAAUGCCCCCAGUCCCCCCUUGUGCCCCACCACGAAUUCACAUUUUGCCCCCCCCCCCAGGAAAAGUCCCUUUUCCCUAAAAUUAUACAAACAAACCAGAGAAGAUUAACAAAUACAUAAACGGAAAGUAAGUUUUAGGCUUUGUCCUUGUUUAACAAAAUCGAUUUAAAUUGUUACUUUUUUCUACCACUAAGUAAUGAUAAAUUAUUGUUAAUAAUUUUUUUAUUUUUUGGAUGCUCAGAAUGCAGGAAAUAGCAUUUCCGGGUUUCAAAUUUCAAACAUUUUCUGGGGAUUAUCCCUCUAAUAAGUAAUGAUAAAUUACAGUUAAUAUUCUUUUUUACUUUUUGUGCAUUUUUUCCAUCUUUUAUUUCAAAUACAAGUAUAGUUAGCAUAAAUUUUAGAGCAAAUUUGGAUGCUCAGAAUGCAGGAAAUGGCAUUUCCGUGCUUCAAAUUUCAAAAAUUUUCUGGGGGAGUACACCCCCACACACCUGACCAUUGCUAUCCUCCUCUAAUAAGUAAUGAUAAAUGAUGGUUAUUUUUUUUACUUUUUGUGCGUUUUUUCCUUUAUUUAUUUCAAAUACAAGUAUAGUUAGCAUAAAUUUUGGAGCAAAUUUGGAUGCUCAGAAUGCAGGAAAUGACAUUUCCGGGAUUCAAAUUUCAAAAAUUUUCUGGGGGAGUACUCAUCAGACCCCCCCCCCCAUUCAUGCGUGGUAUGUUGGCCACACACGUGGCCUUCAGCCAUUGCUAUCCCCCUCUAAUAUAUUAUCUCACAGAAAGGUCCCUUUUCAAAAAAUGCCCCCCCCCCCACGAGAAAAUCCUUAAAAAAGGCCCUGCCUCAUGGCAACGAGACCGGUAGUUCUGGGAACUGUUCUGCUACAGCAAACAGACGUCAGAAGGUGAGCCUCAGGAUUGUUCCCGUGAAAGUCAAGAACGAGGAUGGAACUCGUGAAAUAGAAACUUACGCAUUUAUUGACAAUGGUUCCGACACGACAUUGUGUUCGAGGGAUUUACUACAUGAACUUAAUCUAUCAAGUAAACCUUGUGAAUUCACUUUAACCACAGUCAAUGGACAAGAUAAGUCAAGGAAUGGUCAAGAAGUAAAGUUAAACAUUCAGAGCUUAAAUGGUGACGGUAGCAUUCAGUUAGAUCGUGUCGGGACUGUCGAAAGCCUACCAAUAUCUGAACAGUGCAUUCCAACAGUUGAAGAGAUCAACAGUUGGUCACAUUUAAGCGACAUAGAAUUUCCAAAGUUGGAAAACGCUAAUGUUACUAUUUUGAUUGGAAGUGACGUGUCCGAAGCUCACUGGAUUUUUGAAGAAAGACGUGGUAGACCAAGAGAGUCAUUAGCUUCACGAACAUUACUUGGAUGGACAUUAUUGGGCCCAGUUGGAAGUGUUUCUCGACAGGAAGUUAAUGUCAACUUUAUACAUACGAAUCAAGAAACGAUAA